CGGCGGCCCUUCCGGUGCGCCCGGCGCGGAGGCAGCCCGACGCACGCACGCAGGCCCUGCCCUAUUAGCACCGCCGCCGCCCCCGCGUACACCAGCCAGCUCCGCACAGCCGGCAGAGAUGUUGCGGGCCUGUCAGUUGUCCGGCGUGACCUCGGCCGCCCAGAGUUGUCUCUGUGGAAAGUUUGUCCUCCGUCCAGUACAACCAUGCCGUAGAUACUCUUCUUCGGGAAGUUCUAGGUUGUCUUCUGGCAAAAUUGCUGGAGCUGGCCUUCUGUUUGUUGGUGGAGGUAUUGGUGGCACUAUCCUAUAUGCCAAAUGGGAUUCCCAUUUCCGGGAAAGUGUAGAGAAAACCAUACCUUACUCAGAUAAACUCUUUGAGAUGAUUCUUGGUUCCCCACCUUAUAAUGUUCCAUUGCCAAAGAAGCCGAUUCAGUCUGGUCCACUGAAAAUCUCUAGUGUAUCAGAGGUAAUGAAAGAAUCAAAACAGCCUGCCUCACAACUCCAAAAACAAAAGGGCGAUGCUCCAGCUUCAACAACAGCACCCACAGAAGCAGCUCAAAUUAUUUCUGCAGCAGGUGAUACACUGUCGGUCCAAGUCCCUGCGGUUCAGCAUGAGGAAUCUAUAAAAACUGAUCACCCUGAAAUUGGUGAAGGAAAACCCAAGCGUGCAACUUCAGAGGAAGCAUCCUCAACUUCUGUAAGGGAGCGACCAGCUGAAGAAGUUGCAGCUCGCCUUGCACAACAGGAAAAGCAGGAACAAGUUAAGAUUGAGUCUCUAGCCAAGAGCUUAGAAGAUGCUCUGAGUCAAACUGCUCGCAUCAGUCAGCAGGCCAUCAUAGCUCAGAAUGCUGCGGUCCAGGCCGUCAGUGCGCACUCCAACAUACUGAAAGCAGCCAUGGACAAUUCUGAGAUUGCAGGUGAGAAGAAGUCAGCUCAGUGGCGCACAGUCGAAGGUGCGUUGAAGGAACGCAGGAAGGCAGUAGAUGAGGCGGCUGAUGCCCUUCUCAAAGCCAAAGAAGAGUUAGAGAAGAUGAAAAGUAUAAUUGAAAAUGCAAAGAAACAAGAGUUUGCUGGGGCCAAAUCUCAUAUAACUGCUGCAGAGGGGAAACUUCACAACAUGAUAGUUGAUCUGGAUAAUGUAGUCCAAAAGGUCCAAGCAGCCCAGUCUGAGGCUAAAGUUGUGUCUCAGUAUCAUGAGCUGGUGGUUCAAGCUCGGGAUGACUUUAGGCGAGAGCUGGACAGUAUCACUCCAGAAGUCUUGCCAGGGUGGAAAGGGAUGAAUAUUUCUGACUUAGCUGACAAGCUAUCUGCUGAUGAUCUGAACUCUCUGAUUGCUCAUGCACAUCGUCGCAUUGACCAGCUAAACAGAGAGCUAGCAGAACAGAGAGCCACAGAGAAGCAGCACAUUGCAUUAGCCUUAGAAAAACAAAAGCUGGAAGAAAGGAGGGCGUUUGACUCUGCAGUGGCAAAAGCAUUAGAACAUCACAGAAGUGAGAUACAGGCUGAACAGGACAAAAAGGUAGAGGAAGUCAGAGAUGCCAUGGAGAAUGAAAUGAGAACCCAGCUUCGCCGACAGGCUGCUGCCCACACCGAUCACUUACGAGAUGUCCUUAGGGUACAAGAACAGGAACUGAAAUAUGAAUUUGAACAUGAUCUGUCGGAGAAACUUGCCGAACAAGAUUUACAGUUUCGUCGGCUCAGUCAAGAGCAAGUUGACAACUUUACUCUGGAUAUAAACACUGCCUAUGCCAGACUAAGAGGAAUUGAACAGGCUGUUCAGAGUCAUGCAGUUGCUGAAGAGGAGGCCAGAAAAGCCCACCAGCUCUGGUUGUCGGUGGAGGCAUUAAAGUACAGCAUGAAGACUGCAUCUGCAGACCUGCCCACUGUCCCGCUGGGUAGUGCGGUUGAGGCCAUCAAAGUUAACUGUUCUGACAGUGAAUUUGCCCAGGCUUUAACUGCGGCUAUCCCUGCAGAGUCCCUGACCCGUGGGGUGUACAGUGAAGAGACCCUUAGAGUCCGUUUCUAUGCUGUCCAAAAACUGGCCCGAAGGGUAGCAAUGAUUGAUGAAACCAGAAAUAGCUUGUACCAGUACUUCCUUUCCUACUUGCAGUCCCUGCUCCUAUUCCCGCCUCAGCAACUGAAGCCACCAGCCGAGCUCUGCCCAGAGGACAUAAACCCGUUUAAAUUGCUGUCCUAUGCCUCCUAUUGCAUUGAGCAUGGUGAUCUGGAGCUGGCAGCAAAGUUUGUCAAUCAGCUGAAAGGGGAGUCCAGACGAGUGGCCCAGGACUGGCUGAAUGAAGCCCGAAUGACCCUAGAAACAAAACAGAUAGUGGAAAUCCUGACGGCAUAUGCCAGCGCCGUAGGAAUUGGAACCACUCAAGUGCAGCAAGAGUAAGGUCUAGGAAGAUUAGAGUUUUGUGAAGUCCUAUUUCAUGUCAAAGGAAAUCAGCAAUGAUAUAUGAAGGGUUUACCACAUGGUCCCAAAAUUGUCUAGAAACAAGCAGGUUAUACAAGUACUGUGUUCUAAAUGUUAACACCUGUUGCACUUACGUUAUUUCCACUUGCUAUCAUGUUUGUGAACUUCCUAAGUAUUUUCUUUGCAACUUGUGUAACAUUUUCUGUUUUUCAGGUUUUACUGAUCAGGCUUGUGAGCCAAUCAAAAUAAUGUUUGUGAUCCCCAUUACUAUUGAUUUUGCCCAUGGAGCAAACUGAAUAAAACAGAGAUGAAAACUGAAUAGCUUAUCCCUAUUCAAAAAUUA